GAUAAACAACAAAAAGAAACAACACAGCGAUAACAGCCGCAACAACGCAAAGGCCGCGAGAGGAGGAGGCCUCCGCAGCCGUGCGCAGGGCAAAAAAGAAAACCAAAACCAGCUCGACAACACCGCCGCUCUAGCCCGCUCCCCUUCUUCUCUAGACGUCGAAGUCUCGGGCAUCGGGACGUUUCCCAUGGAUCUACUACGUUAUCGCUGAAGACGUGUGGUGUCCUACAACGACGCGAAGGAAGGAAUCGCGUCGUGGUCUCGCCGAGAAAUGUCGGCAAGGGCGACGCGACGACGCGAAGAGUCCAACAACAGCGUCACGACGGCAAAGCAGUGGACCUUCCACGGCCAGCAGCUGGGUGGUGGGGGCGGCGCACAGUCACCCACCAGCCCCACGCUGCCGCCGCAGCAGCCUCCGCAGCAGUCGGUCUCUCCGCCUCCGUACUCGGUGUCCCCGCCGCCCGCCUACCUGCAGUGCCCUAGCCCGCCGCCGGGACCGCUGCGGUCUCCUGGCGGCUCCAGCAAUGGAUCCGCAUCAUCGUCUUCUGCGUGUGGCGGAGCGAUUGGAGACUCGCUGAGCGCGCCGCUCCGGCUCGGACCCGGCCAGACCCGGGACCCCAACUGGCAGGCAUCGCGGGCGAGUGUGCGGGAGCGCAACGCAGCCAUGUUUCGCAACGAACUCAUGAGCGACGUGCGCUUUCUGGUCGGGCCCAAGGGGCCGCAGCAGCAGGUGGUGCCGGCCCACCGGUACGUCCUCGCCACGGGGAGCUCGGUGUUCCACGCCAUGUUCUACGGCGGACUAGCUGCACCGCCUGGUCAGGAUAUUGAAAUACCUGACGUGGAGCCGGCUGCCUUCCUCGUACUCCUCAGGUACCUCUACUGCGAUGACAUCACGCUAGAGGCAGACACCGUGCUUGCCACACUGUACGCGGCCAAAAAGUAUUUGGUCCCCCACCUUGCUAGGGCCUGCGUUGCCUACUUGGAGACCAGCCUGACCGCUCGAAAUGCCUGCGUCCUUCUCAGUCAGAGCCGCCUUUUCGAAGAACCAGUGCUGGCCCAACGCUGUUGGGAGAUCAUCGACGCCCAGGCGGCCCUCGCCCUCUCUUCCGACGGCUUUCCCGAUGUCGAUCGACCCACGCUGGAGGCCGUGCUGUCGCGUGAAUCGCUGAACACUCGCGAGGCAGUCAUCUUUGAUGCGGCCCUCGCCUGGGCCGGUGCAGAGUGCAGUCGGCGUGGCAUAGAACCGACCCCUGAGAACCGGCGCGAAUGCCUAGGGGAAGCGCUGUACCUCGUCCGCUUCCCUUCCAUGUCCCUUCAAGAGUUUGCUGACGGCGCGGCUCAGUCCGGCGUCCUGACUCUCCGCGAAACCGCCGACAUGUUCCUGCACUUCGCGGCGAGCCGCAAGCCUGCCGUGCCGUUCCCGAUCCAGCCACGUCUUGGCCUGCCGACACGCGUCUGCCGCCGGUUCCAGUCGUGUGCCUAUCGCAGCAACCAGUGGCGCUACCGGGGCCGGUGCGACAGCGUCCAGUUCUGCGCAGACCAGCGCAUUUUCCUGGCCGGGUUCGGCCUGUACGGCUCGAGCAGUGGCGCGUGCGAAUACCGCUCGCGCAUCGAGCUCAAGCGGGGUGGCAAGGCGCUGGCGCAGUGCGACACCCGCUUCCACUCAGACGGGUCCAGCAGCACCUUUCGGGUGUACUUCGACCACCCAGUCCAGAUCGAGGCCGACACCUACUACACCGCCUCGGCCGUGCUGGAGGGCUCGGAGCUCAGCUACUUUGGCCAGGAGGGCAUGAGCGAGGUGUCAGUGGGCAGCGUCACGUUCCAGUUCCAGAGCUCCUCGGACUCGACCAACGGCACGGGAGUCCAGGGCGGGCAGAUCCCCGAGCUUGUUUUCUACGGGGCGGCCAAUCCGCCGGAACACGGCUCGUAGCUACGCCGGUGGUGGUGUUCAUGGUGCGCGAGGUCGACGAGCGACUCUACACCUGUCCGUUUUCUCCACGUGUGACCUAAGCGACCAACAUUCUCGUGGCAAACCGGACCACCCCACUUCGUUGUAUCCCCAGCUGAGUGGACGUUCACAGAAGGUGCACCACUGAGGAGGAAUACAAGUGCCCACUUCUCUCUUUCAAAGUGGGCUGAAUCAGUGUGCCCGCACAGAACUUGCCCUGCCAAACUCCAAGGUGCUUCUCUGGACUCCUCUGGACCACUGCCCAAAAGUUGUAGCGACCUUUGCAACCCACAGAUAGUCCCUUGGCUAGAGUUGCAUUGUGCUGCGAAACGAGUUUGCAUCGGGGCCCAAUUCUAUACGGAUUUCUUUUACUUUUCUUUUUAACCUGUGUGUGUUUGUGUGUGGUAAAUGUCGUGUUUUGUGGUAAUGGGGCAGCUAACGACAGAUCGAACCAAGAAGCGAGGAGCGAAAACCAAGUUUUUUGAAGAUUACAGUUUUUCGUUGCGCACUUAAAUUUUGGACACGAGUGCACACCUACUCGCAAGAUGGUUGAUGAUGCAAUAAUGACACAGAGGAUUGAUUUCCCUUUACUUCACAUAAAAAAAAGCAAGUCACAGAACAUUCAAGUGAGAACUUGGUGCCACUGAAUCCAUGCUGUAAAGCACAGCAGCCAAUGCUCCCACUGUUGAAGUGUGCCCUUCUCAUUCUUUUCCAAGACGUGGAAGAACCGCACCUGCUCCUAGCGAUGCUGGUUUCAUACAUACUUGUCCAGAAAUGUAAAACUGCCCUAAAGUGUUCCAUUUUUGGCAUCUACUACGCGCAGCACUCUUUCUUGUCUUAAUUCUCUGACGAUGUAAGGGGUUGCAGGAGCCUGUUACCAUCGUGCAGCACAGUUUUCGACGGGAAAAACGGCCAUGACGGACGAGUCGUGGCGUUCCCCUUCAUACUCUGUCUUAAAAUAUCUCCGCACGAUGUUUCCUUUACGGAUGCAACUUAAAAAAAAAAAAGGCGCAGCUGAUUUACUGCAUGUGAUGUCCCAUGGGCAGCUAUGUGGCGAAAGGAUUGUUACGAAAAGUGUCUAGCUGCCACAGUGUCCUCCCGUGCAGCCCAAUGUCGCCGCGGUGUCUCCACUUUGCUCGGCAAAGCCGGUUAGACUCGGGUAACGGAAACUGCUCCGCCACGACAAUGUCGAGCGAUAUUAUCUCGCGUUUAUCCGGGUACAAAAGACUUCGCAUUAGCCAGUUUCCAAAUGCUCGCGAGGAAAGGAUGAACGUGAUGUGACGGGAGGCCUUUUGGUCGAUGCCUCAGGCUGCCCUAAAGGCAUCGUGCAAGCAAUCUGGCAACGGUUGCAUUGUUACGGAGUUUCUUUUUUAACGGAGCAGAUAUUUAUUUCGCAUGCAAGUAGAGUGAAAAUACUUCCGAUCGCUACGUCUAGUGGAUGUUGGAAAGAGAGUCUCUGAAUGCUCCGAAGAACUGACGCUCCGCUUACGACUGUUAACGUUAACGCCAGUUACAUUAUAUGCGCCACGCUCUUCAGUUUGCAUCAACACCCUUCCCCCACCCUCAGAAAAAAAGAAAAAUAAUAAAAAUGCCCUGGCAACAAAGUAGAUCCAAUAAGAGAGCUUGUAGCAACCUAAACAGUCAAAGUAUUCUGUAGAAACGCCACACUCGUUACCAUGUCCAGAUCGUUUUGCAAGCGCGCAAUACCUCGCGCGUUCACGCGUUGCUGAGAACAGUGCUCAAAACGAGCGCCGGCCGUUCUUUUCGACCCCGGGCGCGCCACGUUAGUCUCGCGAGGGCCGCAAGACGUUGCAGCUAGCUGUGCUUUGCGACUCACACACCGCCUUUUUGCUCACUGCCGCUUGUAUAACCCGUAGUUUUCGAGUGAUCCGUCACGAAAUUCGUAGCUAUUUUUAAUAACCUCGUGUAAGCGUACAUACCGAGUAGGACGUAGUGCAGCUAGGAGGCAGGCUUUCUACGCUACUUACUGCAUGCAUUGUUUAACGAUGUCAGAUUAACAAGUUUUGCAUUAAUUUUCCAAUCGCAAAGGGUAGCACGUACUAGAUAAAGAAAGCCACUGCUAGCAGGAUGCAAGAAUAUUGAAGAGAAGCUGCAGAACGGAACCUCUUCCAACGUGUACCGGUGUGUUCAGCGGCUAGCGAUUCGUUCACAACGAUAUUGACUCGUAUAAGUCAAGUGACGUUACAUGACUCUUAAGAAUAACUUUUAAAACUUUUUGAGCUCCCUUUUAUCCUAGUAUAGGGGUACAAAAAUAUGUUUACCCAGAUGUUUUUCUACAUUGUAUUUUAAAGAAAGCGUCUCAUCUCUUCUGGCCCCUAAUGAACGCACAUCUCGCCCGAAUGAACAUUCUCCGAACAUGAGCGCGACGGUCUUCAUAACUUGAUCCUCCAUUGUAGCAUUGUGUGCCGGUCUGCACUGUAUGCCGUAACACCUAGAAACCAAUGCUUACUAAAGACAUUGGCACUAUCACCAUCCAUCCUAAUGCAAUAAGAUUAUGCAGGAACAUCGUCAAAUCUUUAUAAAUAACAUUGCGGCUAUCACUGCUUCGAUGUGUUUUCGGCCGAAAAAGAGCUAUGUGAAAUUGUACAGGUGGGCAGUGAAGAAAGAGGAUGAAGAUAAGAAUGCGUGGUGUCUUUAUGCACAUAACAUACUUAUCGGUGUGGGCAUCAUGAAAGAUUCAUUUAAAAAAAACACUUUGGUACUCAUUGCUCUGUUUGAAUAAUAUAUGUUUAAAAAAAAUCCACGGCACUGUUUUCACGCUUUAAACUGCAGAACAUCAUUUCAUCUCUGGUAGUGAACACGGGCAGCUGUGUAUAAAAUGUUGAACACUUUUAAAAGACCAGUGGUGAGAAGGUCGCCACAAGAUAACCAAACCUUGUUUCUAUUUUCGACCGCUCCUGCAAGCUCAACAGAUAUUUACCUCUAAUGAUCGCUCUUGGAACAUGUCGAUUUUUUUCAAAGGGGUCCUGCAACACUUUUUGAACGUGGUCUGUAAACGCUGAUGUGCAGUUAAGGCUCCUGUGAACGUGCGAGCCAGACAUCAUUGCACAAUACGCAGUGAGAAAGUUUUUUACAAUUUCACGUUCAAAACUUCUCUCAUUGGCAAAUGCCUGCAACAACGCGGCAAGCAAAACCGACCGCUAGUGGCCUAUUUCACGAACGCCCAAACAAUCUCGUGGGCCAUGUGCUGUGUUGUCUAGGUGCCACGGCCGCCCAUGGGGCGUCAACUUGCCAGCACUGCGAAUGUCUGAGCGAGAAGUAACAACCAAUACGGUCAAGAAGAAAAGAAGAGAGAAUGCUCUAAACCCUGACGCGAGACGCCGAGCUGCACUCGCAACUGGGGCUGCAGGAAUAGCGUCUUUUCUUCACCUCAACGUCACAUCAGAGAGAGAAAGCACGCGUGCAAUAACUCCACCUAUACUAGAUGGAUAGGUGGAUGGGGAAAUUCACGUGGCCACAAGAGUCCAACGGUAAGCUCAUUCUAUGGCAACUUCGGCAGGUGCUGCAGGGCUCCUUUUAAUAUGUGAAGCAACGCAUUGAGGAAAAUGUCCACAAAGGUUGUGACCAUCCUUGUUUUUUGUGGCGAAGUGUCGGUUUUCUUUUUUUUACAUGUCUGUGUGCCGAAUUGCAAUAUUUCUGUUUGCCCGCAAUGGGGUGUGUGGUGAAAUUGUUGUCUCAAACCCAUUCCUAAAAAAAAUAUGUUAUCCGGGACACUGACCCCGAAUGACAGUUGGCCGGUUUUUCCACGAGCCGUCGGAGUUGACAGGAGACUCAUUGUUGACAGGGAAAAUACAGUCCUUUUCAGACGAUCGUCUUCACGAGGCGAUGAUUUACUUUUGGAAGUUCCAGUUAGUGGUGACAAGAUCAAGAGAGUGAUGAACUGAGCUAGUUGGUGGCUGUUUUACUUCAUGCACUGGAUACUAUGAAACGAGGACAAAAGACGUCCUAACUGAAAAGAAUGCCAGAGGGUCACCUUAGCGCAGAACGUAACUAAAGACAAAGUUAAUUUAAUUACCAGGUCUUACAAGGAAAUUCGACACAUUAGCUUUGCUUUACUGCUGCUAACUGGUGUCGUCUCCCACACCGGAAGUCCCUCAGCUCGAUCACAGCCCCCCCAGUACAUCCACUCGCAACAAAAACUUCAGACCUUUCUAUAUUUCUUGUCUCUAAGAGACCAAACACCUGUGAGUGAUUUCUGUGACUGUGGUGUUUCAUAGGACGCAACUCAAGUAUUCGUGCUAUAAGCCCGAAAACUUCUUCCUCCAGUUUUUUUUAUGCCAUAAAAACGCGUAAAAUGUAAGAGUCCUUGAGAAUACCCAGACGUAGUUCCUGAUGGAAGGGGUGGAUGCCUCCGGCAAUGCACCGACUUCGACACUGCAGCAUCUAAAACGAUGCCUUUUUUGCAAUAAAGCUACCAGAGGCUUUUCGAAAACUCUGCGGAAAUGCAAAAGCUGCAGUAGUGAUCAGGGUUGUUUUUGCAUUUUUCGACGGAACGCUUCUUCUUGUUUGUUUUUUUAAAGAGCCCCGAACCUCAUGUUCAGUGUGUGAAACGAGCAAAGGUUCUCGGUGGACGCCUGUGGCAGCGGCCCCAACUGUUCGGCUGUCCACGUGUUUCAACUAUGCACCGUUGACUGUUUUUCCCCUGAGUAAGACGCCCGCUGUAAUGAAAAGGCCAAGACUGAACCGAGCCGUUCCAAAAGAAUGCAAUAAUAAA